GGGUGCCGCUCGCCGAACGUCUGUGUCAGCUCCAACAGUUUGCUAUCACCCCCUACCUGUGGACCUGAUCUUGCAGGUCGUCAUCUCCUCUGCAAUGAUGGAAAGCUGCCCCAGCAUCAUGAUUAUGGACUGAAGGUAAUCCACAAGAGUGAGUCACACUAGGCUGACAGUUGGGCUGAUGACCAGCAUGGCUACUUGUUCCUGAAUCAGAGAUGCAUGAUCCCUCUUUGGAUUCAUCCCCCUGACCGCCACUGAGCUGAUUGAACCCUCCGUCACACAGUCCCAUCUACACUUCCACUGUUCUCUGCUGUACUCUGCUGUGUUCUAGUCUUCUCUCCUCCACAGUCGUUGUCCUGUCGUGACCCUCUGCAUGUUUGACAGAUAGAGAGGGAAGUGUUAGCAGGCUGUUUAAAGGAACAAUUCCUCCCUGCUAUUCAUGAGAGGUCAGCAGGGCCACAUGCACCAGGGGGACGCCAGUCAAGGGGAGCCAGAGGGGGUGGGUCCCAGUUCAUAUGCUGGAGCUAGAAGAGAGGCAGAGGGGUCACAAAGCCCAGGGUUGAAGAGGGCCUCAUCCCAGUCAGAGCACCCCUCUUUUGGUAAGAUGAGCCAGAACGCCAGGGAGAGCAUGGGGGUUCUUGGCCAGGGACUGAAACAGCUGUUCCAGCAGCAGCGUAAACGCCUCUCCCUCUCCCGCUCCACCAUCACCUCCUCGUCCUCCUCCUCAUCUUCCUCUGUAGUGUCAGCAGGUGGCACCUCCCCCUUUGCCCCCGAGGAUGCCUUGGGGUCCUGCUGUCCUGACUCUGACCGGCUCUCUGCUCCUGUGGUUCCUUCUGCAGCUGGCCAGGGCUCAGCGGCUGCGGGCAUGAUGAGGCGUGGGACCAGCCUGCAGAGCCGGCGCAGUAAGGGGUCCACGUCAGGAUCGGGAAGUGGAGACCGCGAUCCUCUCCUGCGAGGUAGCCCCCAGGCCCCACGCCGCCGCAAUACGAACGAUCUGCAGCAGCAUGCCAGCCGCCCACGCUCCUCUUCCACCACCGACACCACACCCAGCAGCCCCUCUCCUGGAUACACUGGCGUUGAUGUGGUGCUGUCAUCAGGGUACCAGUCCACAGAGGAGACAGACAGGAUCGACCGGUUGGAGGUGAGCGGUCUUGGUCAGACACCCCUGGCUGUGUCUUGUGGGGCAGACAGUUCAUUCCCAGGGGGUGAGGAUGGCACCCCAGACCCUCAGCGCACCAAACAGGCAAUCGCCCAGCUGCAACAGAAAAUCCUCAAGCUCACAGAGCAGAUUAAGAUCGAGCAGACAGCCAGGGAUGACAAUGUUGCUGAGUACCUCAAACUGGCCAACAAUGCCGACAAACAGCAAAGCACACGCAUCAAACAGGUUUUUGAGAAAAAGAACCAGAAAUCAGCGCAGACCAUCCAGCAGCUGCAAAGGAAACUGGAGCACUACCACCGGAAGCUUCGGGAAGUGGAGCACAACGGUAUUCCACGCCAGCCCAAGGAUGUUCUACGGGACAUGCAGCAGGGCCUGAAGGAUGUUGGAGCCAAAGUCACAGGCUUCAGUGAAGGUGUGGUGGAUAGCGUCAAGGGAGGCCUGUCCAGUUUCUCUCAGGCCACCCACUCUGCUGCAGGGGCCGUCGUCUCCAAACCUCGAGAGAUUGCCUCGCUGAUUCGCAACAAAUUUGGCAGCGCUGACAACAUCCCCUCGCUCAAAGACUCUCUGGACGACCCCUCUGUGGAAGAAGGUGUGACAGGGGCUGGUGGACGGUCACUGGGCAGCGCUGGACAUCACCUCCAGUCCAGUCCUAAGUAUGGUAGUGAGGACGACUGCUCUAGUGCUACGUCAGGUUCAGCGGGUGCCAACAGCACCACUGGGGCCCCUGGAGGCCCCCCCAGUUCCAAGGGCAACACACUGGAGAGGAGCCAGAGCUCCAGCCUGGACAUGCUGCUGCAGGAGGUGCAGGAGCUGAGGGAGGGCCAGGCAAGGCUUGAGGAGAGCCUUGAUGGCUUGAAGAGCCACUAUCAGAGGGACUACACAGUUGUUAUGCAAGCACUACAGGAGGAACGCUUCAGGUGUGAACGUCUAGAGGAGCAGUUGAACGACCUGACAGAACUUCACCAGAAUGAGAUCCUGAACCUCAAACAGGAACUGGCCAGCAUGGAGGAGAAGAUCGCCUACCAGUCUUAUGAGAGAGCCAGAGACAUCCAGGAGGCACUGGAGGCCUGUCAGACCAGGAUCUCUAAAAUGGAGCUUCAGCAGCAGCAACAGCAGGUCGUCCAGUUGGAGGGGCUGGAAAAUGCCACAGCCAGGACCCUCCUGGGAAAACUUAUCAAUGUGCUGCUGGCUCUUAUGGCUGUCCUUCUGGUCUUUGUCUCAACUGUAGCCAACUGUGUGGUCCCCCUGAUGAGGACACGCUCACGCUCCCUCUCCACCCUCCUCCUCAUCCUCCUGCUGGCCUUCUUGUGGAGAAACUGGGACGCUCUCUCGGGGUACACGCACCGGGCUCUGCAGCCACCGGGAUGACCAGACCGAAGGCAGCACGUGUUGCUUUGGUGACGCCAGGUGAUGUAACUGUAGCCACUGUCAUGCAGGAUGUUUGAAGAACAUGAUUGCCGUUAGGAUGGCUGUGUGGCCAGGCACUGAAAAUUCGGCUGAGCACUUUCGGACAUGCCCUGGAAUCAAGAUAAAGUGGAAGAAAGAGAGUACAGUCGAGAACACUCAUGAGUUUCGCAUAGGAAGGAUAAGACUGUUUACAUUUUGAAAUGAACUGUUGUGAUGUUAUUCCUCACACAAUGCAGCAUUGUACUGUUUUUAUCUUUAGAGUUUAAUCAAUUAUAAUGUUAUUAUUUCUAAUAAUAUUAUUUUUAUUUUCAAUGUUAUUUUAUUCAGUACCAUGUAGCAUUAUGAUCCUCUCACUCUCCACAAAGAGGAGUUUAGUCAGGAAACUGGGCUGGCGAUUCGCCCCGAAGGCCCGGUGCAAUUGUAGAGACAUGCAAAUGUGAUGAUGUGGUUGACUGCCUUUAGGAAGAGAACUCUUACCUAGCUGUGACUGGUAGAUUUGAACCAUGGCUGAAAAGCCUUCCUGGGAGUUGCUCCUUUCUUGCUGUGAUGAAAUUUGUUCAGACAGAACAUUUUGAAGGACUGACCAUGGCCUUUGAGUGUCAGGAUGACUAGAGACAUUUUGUGCUUCCUUACCAUUUCUAAUAGCAAAGAUUACAUGCUUUUACUUAUUUUCUUUUUUGAGUAAAACAGGAAAACUGUGUUAGGGGAGAUGAUUAAUGAAACAUAAAGACAAAAUGGGCCAGCUUUAGAGGGAAAAGCUACAAUGGGCUGCUUACCAUUAGAGACAACACAUAAAUACAGAGAACAUCUGGUUAUUGUCAAGAAUCUACCCUAUUUGCAACAUGUAUACAACACUGCAUGUUCUUAUUAUGAAAAAUUGCAAUGGAACCAGUUUUCAAUGAGAAAAGGUCAUUGUCCAACGAAAAUCAAUUCGCCGGGAUAAUUGCUGCCCCUCCUCACAAUAUUCAAUGUGAUCAGGUUAGGAAAGAGAGACCACUGGUGCUUUUCCAGCUCCAUCUCAGUUAGAACAGGAGUGCUGCUGCUUCAUAUCUACAGUGCAAGUCGUCUCCACUGCCAUGCCAGUCAAAUGCACACUGCCUGUAUGUGACACUGUACCAUUCAUCACACACUCUCCCUGCAUAUUAUCUCUGUGGCCGUCCUUUUUUUCUAAUGUACACUAUGUUAUAGUGUAAUCACCUAGUGCCAAACUUUAGUUAACCCAGGGAUGUCUGUGCACCCAAAGGGUCCAACCUGAUUGGGACAGAAAGGAGAGGUUGCCCAGCAGGUUUAGAUUCUAUUCACUGUCAUGAAUGUCUUGUCUGGAUGUCAAGGAUGUAUGUUUUAGGGAGACAUAAGUUUUAGGGAAAAUCUAUUGGAGAUUUCGUAAUCUGAACAUGACCUUGACUCCAGAUGCUCACUUGUGUGUUUCUGUACCUUGCUUCCUUAAGUACAGUUCCUUGGCUCAUUGUCCAAUAUUUCUUAUACUCUCCCUCCCAAGGACAGGACAAGGUGACCUUGCACAUUAAAUAGUCCAGCCCGCAUUUCAUCGCUGAGAAGCUGAUUUCCUAACAGAUAGUGAGAUCAUUUGAACUGUACAUCUGCACUUUAGCACACUGGUAGAUAACAUAUAGGUCAGGCUGUGGCUUGAGAAACCUUUGAUAGAGACUUCAAAGGUUGUCACUCUUAAGACAUUAGUCCUCCGUGGGAUAAGAAGCGUUGAAUCAGGUCAGGAUCACUGUCAUCCUUGUCUAAAGAUAAAACCCACAGAAAAGAAUUUAGCUCAUUUCUUGUCAAAACGUUCAUAGACGUUGAUUCCUCCCACGUGCAACAUGCAGGUAAAUUUGCAGGAAUUAGCUUCAUUGAUCCGUUUCAGUUUUGCUAUUGUGAGUGGAGCAGACAGGUUGAGAAUGAGCUGACCUUUGACCUCAACUUGACCUUGCAGUAUCUCCAAUGAUGUAUGGUUGUGUGCUAAACCACUCUAGUGCCUUCUGACGUCCUUUUCUAAGUGUGGAAUAAAUAAAGUGCAUUCCUGACUAA